ACUGGCUGUGUAUUUAUGGCGUCAACGUCACGCGAAGCUGUCUUGUGUUCAACUCAGUGGGCAGUGUCUCGUACAGUAGAUAUGUAAACCUGUUUCGACUUGCUGUAUCUACGGAGAGAGCUGUAAAACAGUUGGCAUUCUCUUCAAGGACCAGUACAAAGUACAAACAUGGCGACAGCCGCGAGGGCCGUCAAGGAGACGGAGUGUCGGGUGUGCGGCGAGGAUUACAUCGACCCCAAGAUCCUACCCUGCGGACAUCUCUUGUGCCGCGACUGCAUCACCUCGCGGUUAAGUUCCGCCACAGAACCCGCCUGCCCGCAAUGCGCAUGCGCCAUCGUGACUGCCGAGGAACGAUCAGGACGGAGCCUAGCAGAGAUCGCGGAUGCUCUGCCCACGGACCUGGCCAUGGAGUCGCUGGUGGAGAGCAUGCAGGUGCUGGGGCAGGAGCACUCGUGCUGCGUAUGCGCUGCGCCUGCAGUCUGCAUCUGCUUGAACUGUCUGGACUUGAUGUGCAGCAAGUGCCAGACGGUGCACCAGAAGUUGACCGCCACGCGCUAUCACGUGGUGGAACACGUGGCAGCACUGACACCGGAAGGUCUUGCCGGCAGGCGGCCGGCGUUGUGUUGUAAUCAUGGCGACCGACGCGCCGACCAUUUUUGCGGUGGCCACGGCGUGGCCCUGUGCAGCGCAUGCGCCGUGACAGAGCACAAGGCGUGCCAUCGGUUGGGCAAGAUGGAGGACGCAAUGAAAGACGCCGACAGCUCGCUGGUUAAGCUGCGGGACAAGCUGGACGGAGCACUGCGGCAAGUGGAGGAGACCUUGUCUCACCUGGACGAUUGCAUGAGAGAGGCGGACUCCAGCGAAGAGGCUGCCGUGGUGCAGGUGGACAAAGCCUGCGACCUCAUCCACGCCCUGGUCGAAUCCAGCCGACAGAAGUCUAAGGAAUUCUUCCAGAACGCCCUCGCCAGCCUCAAGGAUGCCCUGCUGGGCGAGAAGGCCAGCCUGGCUCAGCAGCGCCGGAAGCUCAAGGCACAGCGACACCUGGUGGAGCGAACCAGGAGGCGAACUCCACACCACAGGCUGAAAGACAUGGAGACCCCGCUGACGAAACAUGUAGAUGGCCUGGACCUUGCAUGUACCUUGCCGGCGCAUCUGAAUGUCGUCUCACUGCCCAAGAUGAUCGUUGAUGCUUCCGUGAUCCGGGAAAUUGAAAAGCUUUUGAAAAAGAUGGGGCGACUGGAGGAUGGCGACCAGGCACCAGUCUUCGUGUUCCACGAAAACCGUGGGACCGGCAUUCGUCUGACGAACUACAAAAUGACAGCGGAAAGGAUGCAGCCGGAGGAGAGCUUCGGAAAUGGUGUUGUUGUGUCACGUGAUGCGAUGGUGGAGAACAUCUUGUAUGAAGUCACAGUGGACGGAAUAGGUGAGUUUCACUGGAACACCUUAACCCUUGGUGUGACGGGAACCCAUCCUGCACAGCUUGCUGUGACGAUGUGGUCCGAGGACCUGGAAGAUUCCAUCAUCAUCCGACACAGUGGGGUCAGCCGCCACGGAAAAAUAUUUAAGGUUAAUUAUGGACUGGCUCUUAAGAAACUGGAAGUCGGGAGUCGAGUUGGAGUACUAGUGGACCCAUCAAACAACCUUCACCUGUACAUCAACGGUCACGACCAGGGAGUCGCAGCCCAAAACGUUCCACAGCCAUGUUUCGCCGUCUUUGAUGUUUGCAACAGAGUGUUUCAGGUUACAGCCCUUCCUACAUCGAGGAUGGCAUGAGAAAAAGAAAUGUGAAACAACAAGGAAAGCAAUCGUACUCAUGAGGCUGAGGACUAAACACAAAUGAAUCCCGAAAAUAUUAAACAAUUCUUUAUUUCAAGAGAAAAUAGCAUUAGCAUUAACUUAGGUCACCGGUCUGGCCGUG